AUGAGUAAGAGACGUUGCUUGCUGCUUCUUGUAACGCUACUUGUGGGAGCUGUAGAAUGUAUCUGCAGAUAUCCCAAACGGAACUUUACAUUCGUUCCAAUACUGGACAAUAUAAACCACAUAAAAUAUGGCAGACACCUUCAUACAACGGGAAAUACGACACAAUCGCGUUACAACACUAAGAUAUGGGUAAUUGGGCGUGGAACCGAUGAUAGUUGUCUCGUACUAAACGACAAGAUUAUCGGUAAAGGCGACGAUAACAACAAUGAUUUAAGAUGCGAAGGAAACAGCGCAAAUACAUUAGAGGAUGCUCUGGCCAACGAUGGCGAAGCAAGCGUUGAAUGUGACGACAUCAACACCGAAAGGGAAAACGGCGAUGAAGAAGGACAAAUGCGUAUAAUGAUACCCUAUACUGUCAAUUAUCCUGUUCAUCAUGAAGAGUUGAUAGAAAUUGAUGCAGAGGAACGGCCUGUAAAAGCCAAAGAAAAAUUGGAACAAUUAGGAUUUUUCGAACCUAUGGAACCAACCGCAGAGAUUAAAAAUACGCAAAUUCGAAGGGAACCAGAACCUUCUGAUAGCUACUCGUUGACAAUGUCGACACUAGAACCAGACAGCAAAGUAUGGGAGUGUAUGAAGUCAUCGUCAAUGACACAACAAAUCGGUACUAAACAGGCAUCUCGGGAAGAAAUUACGCUGCAAUCUCCAAGCAGAAUGGAUUACGAGAGUAUAAGGAACCAAUUUAUCAUCGGGAGAGCGCGUAUACACUGGUUUCCAAGAUAUUUUGGUAAGAGCCUAGGCGAACUCUCGGAACAUAUCAGAAUGUGCGAUGUGAUACUGGAUGUAAGAGAUGCCAGGAUACCAUAUGUAGCGGAUUCGGACUUUCUACUCAAUGUAUAUAACAACAUGUUCACACAUAAACCAAAGGUUAUAGUGUUCACACAUGCCGACCUGGCCGCAGUCAAGGGUACUGAAGAAUGGGGAACCUACUACCGUAUCAAAAACUUCUGGGAGGCCAAACAGUUUAACAAAAACAUACCAGAGCCUAACAAAAAGCCUGUUACACCUGUCAUAUUCGUAGACGCAAAGAAUGGGAUAUCGUGUAUAGUUAAACUCAAGAAACUUAUAUACAAACUAUGCCAAAGGGUAAACCAAAAACGUAUACGUAGGGGACUUGCACCUCGACCGUUGCGUGCGAUAGCAUUAGGUAUGCCGAAUGUGGGAAAGAGUGCCCUUAUCAACCGGCUGCUGGGCAGACACAAAGCCAGGAGCUUCAAUGCAGCAGGAGUUACCAGGGACAUCAGACUAGUCAGGCUGCACCCAGAAGAAUACAGAGAAGCGACACACAAAAUCAUAGAUGUCAUAGACACUCCAGGUGUAUUACCUGCAAACCUGUACAAUAUGGCCUUCAGAUCCGUUGGGGGCAAGAGUAACAAGAGACGUAACCGGUUGCUAGGUAACAUAUAUUUUAAACUGCCACAGACGUUUGUUCCGGGUGGGCAUAGCAAAACAGGAAUUGAUGCACAACAUGGUAUUAUGGAACGUAACGUUUGGCUAAUUGCAGCGGCAAACCAAAUUGUAGAAGGGGCAUACGAUAAUGACCAGGCCGCGGAAAACCUACUGGAACAGGCACUCUACGUAUACAAACGUAAACGUUCAUACGUAGAACUACCUAGGAUAUUGAAGCGUAUAGGUCUAGAAUACACGCCAAGUAUACUUGAAAUGCAUCCAGAGGACUUCAGCCAUGAAUGCUUACAAACAGCCAGCCACAAACACCAUGGUGGAGACAUCAACGCGGCGGCAAGUCGUAUAUUGGCCGAUUUCAGACGCGGAUACUAUGGCAGAAUUACACUGCAGGUACCGCCAGAGGAGGUGCCAAACCGUUACUGCGUCCCUUUCGUACAGUCAGACGAAAAGGAAGCAGAAUGUGACAAUGCCAAUGUUACUGCGAGUGGGUACGCACAAGGGUUAUACGAGGGAUGGUAA